UUUUUUUGGGGGGGGGGGGAGCAGUAAAAAGAAGGAGUUGGGAUUUCUCUGGACGUGCCUCUUAUCCGCAGUGUCGAUGCGGCUGCGGCUGUGAAUGAUAUCUGCAUAGAUUACAGGUACACAAUGUCCUCCAUCUGGAGAGAAACUUGAUCCCGACUGGCCGACAGUACUGGACUGUGCCUCCGUCCCGCUCCUCACCAGUCCCAACCCCGAGCACAGCCAUGACAUCCUUCACCAGAACACGGACCUAUUUUUUUGUAUGCUGCUUCCUGCCUAGUCUGGUGCUUCCUGUGACAUCUCAGACGGUGGUUCAAGCGCCACAGGCCCACAGUGCCGGCUCCCAGGUGAUCACAGCGUUGCUUCAGGAGGAGGAGGAGUACGCGUCGUUUCACGCCGAGAACCCGGAGUGGACAUUUAACCACUUGGCGGUGGACUAUCGCAACGGCAACGUUUACCUGGGGGCCGUCAAUCGCAUUUACAAACUGUCUCCGGGUUUGGAGGUCCUGGUCUCGCACGAGACGGGCCCGGACGAAGACAACCGCAAGUGCUACCCGCCGCGCAUCGUGCAGCCCUGCAGCGAGCCGCUGACGCUCACCAACAACGUCAACAAGAUGCUUUUGAUGGACUACCGCGAGAACCGGCUGCUGGCCUGCGGCAGCCUCUACCAGGGCAUCUGCAAGCUCCUCCGUUUAGAUGACCUCUUCAAACUAGGGGAGCCCUUUCACAAGAAGGAGCACUACCUCUCUGGUGUCAACGAGAGCGGCUCUGUGUUCGGCGUCAUCGUUUCGUACAGCAACGCCUCUCCGGACAUGUUGUUUGUGGCCACGGCGGUGGACGGCAAGCCAGAGUACUUCCCGACCAUCUCCAGUCGAAAGUUAGCCAGAAACUCAGAGGAGGAUGGCAUGUUUGCGUAUGUCUUCCAUGAUGAGUUUGUGGCCUCCAUGAUUAAAAUCCCCUCAGAUACUUUCACCGUCAUCCCCGACUUUGACAUAUACUACAUUUACGGCUUUGCCAGUGGGAACUUUGUCUACUUUUUGACUUUGCAGCCCGAAAUGGGAGGCGGACCGACCACCGGGUCGUCCUCCGCCGGUCGGGAGCAGGUCUACACGUCCAAGAUCGUCCGCCUCUGCAAGGCGGACACAGCAUUUAACUCCUACGUGGAGGUGCCCAUUGGAUGCAUCAGUGGAAAUGUGGAGUACCGACUGCUCGAGGCUGCGUACCUGUCCAAAGCGGGCGCAAUCCUGGCGCGCUCGCUGGACGUGGCGCCGGAAGACGACGUCCUGUUCGCCGUGUUCUCGAAAGGACAAAAGAGACGUCCGCGCAAGGCCUUCCAGGACUCGGCGCUCUGCGUUUUCUCUCUGCGAAAGAUCAACGAGAAAAUCAAGGAGAGGCUGCAGUCCUGCUACAAGGGGGAGGGCACGCUGGACCUGGCCUGGCUGAAAGUCAAAGACAUUCCCUGCAGCAGUGCGCUCUUGACCAUCGACGACGACUUCUGCGGCCUCGACAUGAACGCGCCGCUGGGCGUGUCCGAGAUGGUGCGCGGCAAGCCUCUCUUCUCCGACGCGGUGGACAAAAUGACGUCCGUCAUCGCCUACGUCUACAAGAACCACUCGCUGGUCUUCGUGGGCACCAAGAGUGGACGGGUCAAGAAGAUCCGGGUGGACGGCUCGUCGCGCGCCCUCCAGUAUGAGACAGUGCAGGCCGUGGAGAACGGACCCAUCCUGAGAGACAUGGCUUUCUCCUCCGACCACCACUACCUCUACGUCAUGUCUGAGGCCCAGCUGUCGAGGGUGCCAGUGGAGGCCUGCGGUCAGUACUCAACCUGCAGCGAGUGUCUUGGCUCGGGAGAUCCUCACUGUGGGUGGUGUGUGCUUCACAACAUGUGCACCAGGAAGGAGAAAUGCGAGCGCUCGUCGGAGCCCCGGCGCUUCGCGUCGGACAUCAAGCAGUGUGUGCGCCUCAGCGUCCACCCAAACAACAUAUCGGUGUCCCAGUUCAGUGUCACGCUGGUGCUGGAGGCCCAUAAUGUCCCAGAACUUUCCGCGGGGGUCAACUGCACCUUCGAGGACCUCGCCGAGAUGAACGGACUGGUGGAGGGGAACCGGAUCAAGUGCUCGUCCCCUGCCGAGAAGGAAAUGCCCCGCAUCAUCGUGGAUAAAGGUGACCACCAGAUCGUGCAGCUCUAUCUCAAGUCCAAGGAGACAGGCCUGGCAUUUGCAAAUACCAGUUUUGUUUUCUACAACUGCAGUGUGCAUAAAUCAUGUCUGUCAUGCGUGAGCAGUCCCUAUCAGUGCCACUGGUGCAAAUACAGGCAUGACUGUACCCACGAUCCUCGCACCUGCUCCUUCCAGGAGGGCCGAGUCAAGAAGCCCGAGGGCUGUCCGCAGUUGUUGCCUGCAGAGGGGAUACUGGUGCCGGUCAACGUGGUGAAGCCCAUCACCCUCCGAGCGAAAAACCUGCCGCAGCCUCAGUCCGGCCAGAGAGGCUACGAGUGUCUGCUGACCAUCCAGGGCAACGAGCACCGGGUUCCCGCCCUGCGCUUCAACAGCUCCUCUGUGCAGUGUCAAAACACCUCGUAUUUCUAUGAUGGGAUGGAGAUGAGCAGUCUUCCCGUGGAGCUGACCGUCAUCUGGAACGGAGAUUUCAGCAUCGACAACCCCGCCCAUAACAAAGUGCAUCUUUAUAAGUGCGACGCCCAGCGUGGGAGCUGCGGAUUGUGCCUGAAAGCGAACCCGCUGUACGGCUGCGUGUGGUGCAAAGGAGAAAAUCGCUGCACGCUCAAGCAGCACUGCCCUCACCCAGAGAACCAGUGGCUGGAGCACAACGGCAUCAACAGCAAGUGCACCAACCCAACGAUCACAAAGAUCACCCCUCUGCGAGGUCCCAGGGAGGGCGGCACCCUCGUGACCAUCCGGGGUGAGAACCUGGGGCUGGACUUCCGGGAGAUCCAGGGCAACGUGAAGGUGGCUGAAGUGGUCUGCACCCCCAUACGAGAGGGCUACAUCCCCGCUGAACAGAUCGUGUGCGAGAUGGGUAAAGCAGAGCUGAGCCAGUUCAGCGGGAAUGUGCAGGUGUGCGUCGGAGUGGGGGGACAGUGCAGACCCGAGUUUAUGGCAGUAUCUUCCAAAUACUACUACUUUGUGAUCCCCCGGCUCAUCGCCCUGAGGCCCAACCGAGGGCCGGUCUCUGGCGGAACCAUUGUCAACAUCACCGGCAGCCACGUGGAUGCUGGGAGCAACGUGUCAGUCAUGUUUAAGGACCAGCCGUGCACAUAUCUCAGGAGGGGCGGCCAGUGGCUCACCUGCAGGACUCACGCCUCGCUGCACGGCUACGGGAGCGUCUCCGUGUCCGUGAGCAUCGACAAGGCUCACCUGGAGAAAGACCUGCAGUUCGAAUAUGUGGAGGAUCCCACCAUCACCAAGAUCGAGCCGGAGUGGAGCAUCUACAGUGGUCACACUCCAGUGACAGUGACAGGAACUAACCUGGACAUCAUUCAGACGCCGCUCAUCAGAGCCAAAUACAACGGCCACGAGACCCUCAAUCUGUGCCAGGUGCUCAGCCCCACCUCCAUGCUGUGCCAGGCCCCCGAGCUGCCCAUCAGCCUGGCCCGGCAGCAGGAAGUGCCCGAGAGGCCCGACGAGUUCGGCUUCAAACUGGACGACGUGCAGGUCCUGAUGGCGCUCAACAACACCAACUUCAUUUACUACCCAAACCCGGAAUUCGAGCCCCUCAGUGUGUCUGGGGUGCUGGAGCUGAAACCUGGGUCGCCCAUCAUCCUGAAGGGACGCAACUUCCUCCCGCCGACCAACAGUGGCAAUGGGAAGCUGAACUACACCGUGCUGAUCGGCGAGAAGCCCUGCAUGCUGACGGUGUCGGAGACGCAGCUCCUCUGCGAGUCGCCGAACCUGACCGGGCGACACAAAGUCCUGGCACGUGUUGGCGGUAUCGAGUUCUCCCCGGGUGUGGUUCACAUCACGUCCGACAGCCAGCUCAGCAGCUCGGCCAUCUUCGGCAUCGCCGGCGCGGGCGCCAUGCUCAUCCUCGUCAUCGUGGCGGUGCUCAUCGCCUACAAGCGCAAGUCCCGAGAAAGCGACCUGACCCUGAAGAGGCUGCAGAUGCAAAUGGACAACCUGGAGUCUCGUGUGGCUCUGGAGUGCAAAGAGGCUUUUGCAGAGCUGCAGACAGACAUCCACGAGCUCACCAGCGAUCUAGACGGUGCGGGGAUCCCCUUCCUGGACUACAGGACCUACACGAUGAGGGUCCUCUUCCCAGGCAUCGAGGAACACCCUGUACUGAGAGACCUGGAGGUGCCGGGCUACCGCCAGGAGCAAGUGGAGAAGGGGCUGAAGCUCUUCGGCCAGCUCAUUAACAACAAGAUCUUCCUGCUGUGCUUUAUUCGCACCCUGGAGGCCCAGCGGGGCUUUUCCAUGAGGGACCGCGGCAACGUGGCCUCACUCAUCAUGACGGUGCUGCAGAGCAAGCUGGAGUACGCCACCGACGUCCUGAAGCACCUGCUCUCCGACCUCAUAGACCGCAACCUCGAGAGCAAGAACCAUCCCAAGCUGCUGCUCCGCAGGACCGAGUCGGUCGCGGAGAAAAUGCUGACCAACUGGUUCACCUUCCUCCUCUACAAGUUUCUGAAGGAGUGCGCGGGCGAGCCGCUCUUCUCCCUCUUCUGUGCCAUCAAGCAGCAGAUGGAGAAAGGCCCCAUUGACUCCAUCACGGGAGAGGCCCGCUACUCGCUCAGCGAAGACAAGCUCAUCAGGCAACAGAUCGACUACAAGACGCUGGUGGUGAACUGCAUACAUCCAGAAAAUGAGAAGAGCCCAGAGAUCCAGGUCAAGGUGCUGAACUGCGACACCAUCAGCCAGGUGAAGGAGAAGAUCCUGGACGCCAUCUACAAGAACGUGCCGCAUUCACACCGGCUGAAAGCCUCCGACAUGGACCUGGAGUGGCGUCAGGGCCGAGGACAGCGCAUGAUCCUGCAGGACGAGGACGUCACCACGAAGAUCGAAGGCGACUGGAAGAGGCUGAACAUGCUGGCGCAUUAUCAGGUACCUGAUAAUGCAGUAAUGGCUCUGGUUCCCAAACAAGUUACAGCCUACAAUUCAGUAAACAACUCCACUGUGUCUCGAACUUCUGCGAGUAAAUACGAGAACAUGAUCAAGUACACUGGAAGUCCCGACAGCCUGCGGUCCCGCACGCCCAUGAUCACGCCCGACCUGGAGAGCGGGGUGAAGGUCUGGCACUUGGUGAAGAACCACGAGCACGGAGACCAGAAGGAAGGAGACCGCGGCAGCAAGAUGGUCUCCGAGAUCUACCUAACACGACUUCUGGCGACCAAGGGUACGUUACAGAAGUUUGUGGACGACCUGUUCGAGACCAUCUUCAGCACGGCCCACCGAGGCAGUGCUCUGCCGCUGGCCAUUAAAUACAUGUUUGACUUCCUGGACGAGCAGGCCGACAAACACAGCAUCCACGACCCGCAUGUCCGACACACAUGGAAGAGCAACUGCCUACCUCUGCGUUUCUGGGUGAAUGUGAUCAAGAACCCCCAGUUUGUGUUUGACAUCCACAAGAGCAGCAUCACAGAUGCCUGUCUGUCCGUGGUGGCCCAGACCUUCAUGGACUCCUGCUCCACCUCAGAACACCGCCUUGGGAAGGACUCGCCCUCCAACAAGCUGCUUUAUGCCAAGGACAUCCCCAGCUACAAGAGCUGGGUGGAAAGGUACUACUCAGACAUUAAUAAGAUGCCAGCGAUCAGUGACCAGGACAUGAAUGCCUACUUGGCAGAACAGUCACGGAUGCACAUGAAUGAGUUCAACACCAUGAGCUCUCUCAGCGAGAUUUACUCCUACGUGGGAAAAUACACUGAGGAGAUCGUGUGUGCGCUGGAGCAGGACGACGCAGCCAGGAAACAGAGGCUGGCCUUCAAGCUGGAGCAGGUGGUGGCCUUCAUGAGUCUGGAGAGCUGAGGACCGCACUUCCCAGGGUGCACUGGGAAGAGACCCCGUCAGAAACCGAGCCGUGCCUGAGCGAAGAUCUGUCCCAAUCUUUUUUCAUCAUGUGACUUCCUCCCCCCGCCUUUCAAAGAUGACUUCUUCCUUGACCUUUUUUCUGCUUCCUCUUCCCUGAGAAACUUUUUUUUUUUUUUUUUUUUCGUUUUCCUCAUCCACUCUGCUGCAUAGACUAGUUUACCUGAAAGCAUGUGAGGGGUGGUCCGGGGCUGAGUCUCGAGUCUCCCACAAUGCAAUGUGGAGGAUCUCUCAGCUUCGCCACAGGGGGAGCUUCAAGGGGCGACUGCUUGAAGGCUGGCCAUAUUGGCAUACUUCUGUCCCCCUGCUGGAAGAAAAGAGGGGGAAAAAAACAUUUUUAUGUUGCCUUCAAGAAUUUACACUGAUAGGUAAUUCUUUAAAAACCACAACGGUGGGUGUCCGUUUUGUUGAGAACUUUUCAAAAUAGGAUAGUUAAAAUAAGACCAUCUCUAGAGUUCAGUUUAUCGUAGUUCUAUAUUCAGAUGUACGGAAUCGAGUGGAAACAUCAAAAACCGACGACUGCAAGCCAAAUGAACACCUCCGAAGGAAAUUAAUGCAAGGAUGGUUUGCCAAGUUUACACUGUACCUUCGAGCAAAGCAUACAUAUCCGUGAAAUCUGGGGCGAGUUCAGGCAAACCUCGAAUGUUCUUGUGUUCUUUCAAUGUAGCUGGAGUUGUAUUUAAGAAAAAGACUGAUGGGGGGGGGGGGGGGGGGGAUUACCGCUUCUCCGAACUGUUCCUUUAUCGAGACGUGAUAGACGCUAAAACUUUACAAAGCCAGAGCAUCCCCAGCCUAUAGCCCCUUUGCAGCAUUCUCACGUUUUUACCUGCCCAGCACACAUUUAAAGAAAACGCACAUGAUUCCUGCUUCCAUUUGGCUUAUAUGGCUACUGCAAAAUUACGCUAUUAGAUGAAACCCUGAAGCCCCCACCCAAGUUGGAUCCUUUAUUUAAAAAGACAAAAAAAAAAAAAAAAAGAAGAAAAGAAGCACACAACCAACUCUGGAAGACAGUGUUCCGACUGCCGAUGGAAACACCCGGAGCAGUCCUUGCCUGGCUCUCGCCACUUCCGAUCUUGUGUCGCCCGUACAGCGACGGUCUAUCAAAGCACACAUGCGCACAGAUACACACACACACACACACAAUCAGCAGCUGCCCAAGAUCCUGACUGCCCAGAUAUCAACGCCGACCCUGGAGGUGGUUAAAAAGAAAAAGGGGAGAGCUGGCUGAAAAGCACCGGGUAAGAACUGCUCGAUCAGUAGAAAUAAAGAUGCGACGCGGCGUGGCCAGACGGCCGCCUGCGACCUAAAGGGGCUCUGAUGUGAGAGUAGCACUUCUUUUCCCAGGAUGUUCUUAUUUUAAGACUUUUUUGCGUGGAGAAAUCAAACAAGAUGGACUUAGUUGGUCAGCCAAAAACCAAAGGAGCUUGAAAUUUUCAAAAAAAAAAAAAAAAAAAAAGGUCAAAAAUGUAUUUAUAAAGUGCCACUGAGGAACUGAAAAAAAAAAAAGACUAUGUAUGAGAAAGCCACAUCUAGGACACACAAAAGAAAAGAUGUUGUGACUGGAACUUUGAGAAACCUGUGUGAUUUUUCUGACCUCAGUGUGUCGAGGUGAGAGGCUCCGUGGGCGAGGUGGUCCGAUCCUCCGUUCUCUUUCCAUCGUCCCCGGGUCUCUCCGGCUCUCGGCACACCGUUCACCCCUUUUGUCCGGCUCCUGACCUACCAGUUUCUUUCCGUUUUUGCACAAGCGUUGGAGAUGGUAGCUAGUUGCAUACGGCAAAAAAAAAAAAAAAAAAAAACAAACCCCCAACUCCUGAGUGUGUAACUGUUGAGGCGCUCUUGUCUGUAUUAGUGUAGUUGUCCUCAGUGGCGGUAGGGGGCGGCCUUCUCCAAGCCUCAAAAAAAAGAAAAAAAAAAGGAAAAAAAAAUUCAGAUAAAGCAGAGCAAGACAUGAGCAUCAUGGCAAGACAAACAAGAAAAAGAUGGACUUUAAGUAGAUAAGACUUGUUGGAUGUGAACCUCCACAAUGGGAGAGAGCGACUGAAAGAGAUGAUGGAGGCGCCCUCCGUACCUUUUGACCUCUGCCCUUUCUUUUGCCUUGACAACGUGCCCCAUGUGGUGAUGUGAAUGUGUGAAGACCGCCCUAGGUCCACCUUGGGUCCUUUAUUGGCUUUUUAAGCGCAUGUAAAACGUAAACAAUUUAAGAAACUUAUUUAAAAAAAAAAA